AACUUUUAUCUUUUCUGUUUUGGUUUUGGCAUCAGUUAGACUACAUAGCAUGCUUUAUCAAAUUAUCAAAUAUUUCCUCUGUUUUAAUUAAAGCUAUAAAUACUCACUGAUUUUUCUGGCAGGUGAUGUUUGUAAAAAAUUGUUUUUCCUCUUUGCUUUUUCCAGGUGAGAAAAAAGAAAGUGAAGGUGUAAAAGCAACACAGUGGGAGACAUUUCCUCAGAUUUCCUAAGAUGGAAACCUUUUGCUUUAGGGCAUCCUUAUGGCUGGUACUGGUCGGAUGUGUGAGCAGUGAUAAUCCUGAGAGACACAGCACAAACCUAAGCCAUAACAUGGAUGAUUUCACUACUUAUCAUGGGACAGAGCUCAACCUCCUGGUUACCACUCACCGACCCACUAAUUUAGUCCUGCCCAGCAAUGGGUCAAGGCACAGCUACUGCCCGCAGCAGACUAAAAUUACUUCAGCUUUCAAAUACAUUAACACGGUGAUAUCUUGUACUAUUUUCAUCGUGGGAAUGGUGGGGAAUGCAACUCUGCUCAGGAUCAUUUACCAGAACAAGUGCAUGAGGAACGGCCCCAACGCGCUGAUAGCCAGCCUUGCCCUCGGAGACCUUAUCUACGUGGUUAUUGAUCUCCCUAUCAAUGUAUUCAAGCUGCUGGCUGGACGCUGGCCCUUUGAACACAGUGAAUUCGGAGUGUUUCUCUGCAAGCUGUUUCCAUUUCUGCAGAAGUCCUCAGUGGGCAUCACCGUCCUCAAUCUCUGCGCUCUGAGUGUGGACAGGUACAGAGCAGUUGCCUCCUGGAGUCGUGUUCAAGGCAUUGGGAUUCCCUUGAUUACAGCCAUUGAAAUUGUGUCCAUCUGGAUCCUUUCCUUUAUUCUGGCCAUCCCUGAAACCAUUGGCUUUGUCAUGGUGCCCUUUGAAUACAGGGGUGAACAGCACAAAACCUGUAUGCUAAAUGCCACCUCAAAAUUCAUGGAGUUCUACCAAGAUGUAAAGGACUGGUGGCUCUUUGGCUUCUAUUUCUGUAUGCCACUGGUGUGCACCGCAAUCUUCUAUACCCUCAUGACUUGUGAGAUGUUGAACCGAAGGAAUGGCAGCCUGAGGAUUGCCCUCAGCGAACAUCUCAAACAGCGUCGGGAAGUGGCCAAGACAGUUUUCUGCUUGGUUGUUAUUUUUGCGCUUUGCUGGUUCCCUCUCCACUUGAGCCGUAUUCUGAAGAAAACUGUGUAUGACGAGAUGGACAAGAACCGAUGUGAACUGCUUAGCUUCUUGCUGCUUAUGGAUUACAUCGGUAUUAACCUGGCAACCAUGAAUUCGUGUAUCAACCCAAUAGCUCUUUAUUUUGUGAGCAAGAAAUUUAAAAAUUGUUUCCAGUCGUGCCUCUGCUGCUGCUGUCACCAGUCCAAAAGCCUGAUGACCUCUGUACCCAUGAACGGCACAAGCAUCCAGUGGAAGAACCACGACCAGAACAACCACAACACAGAGAGGAGCAGCCACAAGGACAGUAUCAACUAACUGUGACAGGAGACAGCAAGCAGAAAAUCCCCUCCCAUGAUCCCGCCAGUACCCCUGAUCUUCAGAACUCUCUCCUCCAACCCUUUUCCAUCGCACAAUCCACCUCUUUAAGAAGAAAGGUUUCUAAACAUUUGCUAAAAACAACCAGAGGGAGUUAAUUUAGUCUCUCCAAGUCUCUGAACCUAACCUCUUUAUCUAAUUUUCAUAUUCAAUUUUGCAAAACAAACAACAAAACAGGGUUCAAGUGAUCAGUUAGGGCAAUGUCUCUGCCAACACUUUUUCUUCAACAAAUUCUAAAGCUACAAAAAUAUGGGCACUGAGGCAUAGAAAAGCACACACAGCAAUUGAAUAGCUACUAGUCAAAUAAAUUUUAAGAACCUUUCCUUUCUUUUCAUAGGAGUUCUUUACAGAUGUUAAACAUUUCUUUCUUAAGUUGAAAAAUAACACUUUGAGUUAAUUUUUAUCAGCCAAAUUUUUGCAUGAAAGUUUAUGUAGAAUCAGUAUCAUAUACCCAAAUUUAUGUGUCAUUCAAUGAUGCCUAAGAAUUUUAAUAUCACUGUACAGGAAUUUAAAGCCACAACUAGAAGGAAAAAAUAAUCAAAUAUGUUUAGACAAUGUUGAAAUUUUCAUUGAGAUUUCAUCUAGAUAGUAACAUAUAUAUUCAUAUUCAGUGGCACUUCAAAAGGCUCAUGGAAAUGAAAUUGAAAGAGAAGUUGCCGCCUCAUGGGUUAAGACACCUGUUUUAUUUAUCAAGUAAUUGGACUCCUGUUGCCCACAUAGGAGACCUGGAUUAAGUUCCCUGCUCCCAGCUUCAACCCCAGCCCAGCAGAUGUCACUAAGAAUAUUUGGCAAGUGAACUAGCAUGUCUUCCAUCUCUCUGUACAGCCGUGUGUAUG